CUCCGCGGAAGGAGAAAGAAUCCGCGACACGUUUUGUCGGCAGCCACCGAGCCGCGGGUCCCUUCGGUAAUAGAAUAGCCGAUGUAAUUUGACACUUCAACUUACUGCGCUCUCUCCGAGUCUAUUCAGCUACUCGCCCGCUGACGUUGAAGCCCAUUCCCGGUGGCCGUGAGGGGGGGAAGAUAUUUAAAAACAAGAGCCGAAAAUUAACGAGGACUUUCUCCGCGUGAUAACCCCGGGGCCGAAGACGUGAGGCGCUGAAGUGUUUCUCCUCCCGGUGUGUGAAUGGGCGGGGGGGGUCCUUCGUGGUGAAGAAUCAAGGAUUCAGAACGCACCGGUUUAAUGGCUGGCAGGUAGAGGCGGAAGAGGGACAAUCAACAUGAACGCCAUUCCGUCGAUGGACAGACACAUACAGCAGACCAAUGACCGUCUGCUGUGUAUCAAACAGCACUUACAAAAUCCAGCGAAUUUCCAAACAGCGGCGACCGAGUUGCUGGACUGGUGCGGCGACCCCCGAGCCUUUCAGCGGCCCUUCGAGCAAAGCCUGAUGGGAUGCCUAACGGUGGUCAGCCGGGUAGCAGCACAGCAGGGCUACGACUUGGACCUGGGCUACCGGCUCCUGGCCGUGUGCGCCGCCAACAGGGACAAGUUCACUCCAAAAUCAGCAGAAACCAACUGCUGCAGGAGGUGUCAGUCUGACUCAGCUCUCCUGUCCUCGUGGUGUGAGGAGCUGGGACGCCUCCUCCUCCUCCGGCAUCAGAAGAACCGGCAGAACGAACCUCCGGGAAAAGUGCCCAUGCAGCCCCCCAUGAGCUCCAUGAAGCCCGGCCUCUCGCACGGCAGAGAUGGGUCUUUUCCCUACGACUCGGUCCCCUGGCAACAGAACACCAAUCAGCCUCCAGGUUCGUUGUCGGUGGUCACCACCGUCUGGGGCGUGACCAACACGUCGCAGAGCCAGGUGUUGGGGAAUCCCAUGGUGAACAACAACAAUCCCAUGAACCCCGGGGGCAACCCAAUGGCCUCUGGGAUGUCUGGUAGCAAUCCAGGAAUGAACUCUUCUCAGUUCCCUGGUCCUCAGCAGCAGUUCCACAGCAAGGGCAACUCCAACCAGGCCUACAUGCAGCAGGGCAUGUAUGGACGACCCAACUACCCAGGAGGCGGAGGCUUUGGUGGCAAUUACCCUGGAGGGCCCAACUCUGGACCUGGAGGAAUGGGCAUGCCUCAACACUCCCGUCCUCCGUCGGACUUCACCCAGCCUGCCGCCGCCGCUGCCGCCGCCGCCGUGGCAGCGGCAGCAGCCACGGCGACGGCCACUGCCACGGCGACAGUAGCCGCCAUGCAGGAGACCCAGAACAAAGACAUGAACCAAUAUGGACCGAUGAGUUCUUCCUUCCAGAUGGGACCCGGCCAGGCCUACAACAGCCAGUUCAUGAACCAGCCAGGCCCGCGAGGCCCUCAAUCCAUCCCCGGGAACAUGGGCACUGGCAUGAAUCCAUCCAACAUGAGCGGACCCCCCAUGGGGAUGAACCAGCCCAGGGGCCAGAGCAUGGGGCCUUUUGGGGCCCACGGACAAAGGAUGCCCCAGCAGGGCUACGCAGGGCCCCGGCCCCAGGGCAUGGGUAUGCAGGGCAUGAAAAGGCCGUACCCGGGCGAGCCAAACUAUAGUGGGCAGCAGUAUGGUCCAAACGGCCAGUUCCCCAACCAGCAGGGUCCGUACCCCACACCCAACCCCACCAGGCCGCUGCCCUCCCCAAACUACCCUGGCCAAAGGAUGCCGGGACAGCAGCUGCAGGGCCAAUACCCGCCACCCAGUGGUGCCAUGGGCCAGUACUAUAAGCAAGAGCCACCUUUUAAUGGCCAAACAAAUAACUUCUCUGGGAGUGGAUAUCAAUACGGCCAGGGUAAUAUGAAUGGGCCGCCCAGACCGGUGGGUAACUACCCUCACUCCCCAGUGCCAGGCAACCCCACCCCUCCAAUGACCCCAGGAAGUAACAUCCCUCCAUACCUGUCGCCAAACCAGGACGUGAAGCCACCCUUCCCUCCUGACAUCAAACCAAAUAUCACCGCUCUUCCUCCCCCUUCAGCCAACCACAACGAGGAGCUGCGCCUAACGUUCCCAGUGCGAGACGGGGUGGUGCUAGAGCCCUUCCGGCUAGAGCAUAACCUGGCUGUCAGCAACCACGUCUUCCACCUACGGCCCUCCGUCCACCAGACGCUCAUGUGGAGAUCGGACCUGGAGCUGCAGUUCAAGUGCUACCACCACGAAGACCGUCAGAUGAACACCAACUGGCCGGCAUCUGUGCAAGUCAGCGUGAACGCCACUCCGCUCACCAUCGAGCGGGGCGACAAUAAGACCUCCCACAAACCCCUGCACUUGAAACAAGUGUGCCAGCCAGGAAGGAACACGAUCCAGAUCACAGUCACCGCCUGCUGCUGUUCGCACUUGUUUGUGCUGCAGCUCGUCCACAGGCCCUCAGUUCGCUCCGUCCUGCAGGGCUUACUGAAGAAGAGGCUUCUGCCUGCAGAGCACUGCAUCACCAAAGUUAAGAGGAACUUCAGCAGCGUCGCGGCGUCGUCGGGGAACACGGCGCUCAACGGAGAGGACGGCGUGGAGCAGACGGCCAUUAAGGUUUCCCUCAAGUGUCCAAUCACCUUCCGGCGAAUACAACUUCCAGCCAGAGGCCACGACUGCAAACACGUUCAGUGUUUUGACUUGGAAUCAUAUUUACAACUUAACUGUGAGCGGGGGACAUGGCGAUGUCCUGUAUGCAAUAAAACAGCGUUGUUAGAGGGACUCGAAGUGGACCAGUACAUGUGGGGGAUUUUGAACGCCAUUCAAAACUCGGAGUUUGAGGAAGUGACCAUCGACCCGACAUGUAGUUGGCGACCGGUGGCCAUUAAAUCCGAUAUCCACAUCAAGGAGGAUCCAGAUGGACCGCUGGCCAAGAGGUUUAAGACUAUGAGCCCCAGCCAGAUGAUCAUGCCCAAUGUGAUGGAGAUGAUAGCUCAACUCGGCCCCGGACCGUCACCGUACCCGUUGUUGUCUUCUCAGCAAGGGGGCAACAGUGAAUACGGCAGCCAAGGCAACAGUUACCAGGGCCACGGGAACUUUGACUUCCCCCACGGGACGCCUGGUGGUACGUCGAUGAAUGACUUCAUGCACGGCCCCCAGCUGUCUCACCCGCCCGACAUGCCCAGCAGCCUGAUGACCCAAGACAAGCCCCUCUCACACAACAUGCCUGACUCAAUACCUCACUCUGCAGGCAACGACCAGUCACACGGUCCUCUGCAGAGCUUACAUCCAUCUCCGCACCCUGGGAGCCAAUCAGGACAGCAGCUACACCACAGCGGGCCUCAUCAGCCGCCACGACAAGCUCCGCCUCCUCAGCAGCAGCAGCAACAGCAGCAGCAGCAGCAGCCGCCCGGCCCCAACAACCAUCCCCACGGCGACCUGGCUUUCAACCCAUCCAGCAGUUUGGACAGCCAAGCGGGGUCGGACAUGCCCGAGCCAUCUUUAGACGUGAGUCUCGACACACGGCGUUCAACACCGUUGAUUCAGUCUUCGAUGACCCGUGCUCACUACAGUGACUAAACAAACCACCUCUCCUUCCUUACAGCUCCUCGCAGAGCUGGCUAACCCAGACGAGCUGUUGUCGUAUCUGGAUCCACCGGACCUCCCCGGCAAUAGCAACGACGGCCUUUUAUCGCUCUUCGAAAACAAUUGGGCAAUUCAGACACAUAUGAACUUUUUCUGAGUGCCGGCAGUAGUAACCCCCCCUCCCCUUCCACACACACACACACACACACACACACACACACACACACACACACCCCCGAGAACCCAGGGCGGUCGCACAGUACUUGAUAAACACAAAGAUGUACUCCCUUUCUCUUCUUCCUCUUGUACAGUUUUCAUUGGCCAGCACAGAUUGACUGAAAGAGGUAAAAACUCCCAAGACAGGGCGCGACGCCCCCAGGCGAUACUUUUGACCUGUGCAGCUAUACUCGGUUCAUCUUUUUUUACGCCACAAACAGGUGUGUAUGUGUGCACAUUAGGAACAUGUUGUAGCAUUUCUUUUGUUUUUUUUUAAUCUUAUGUUUUGUUUCCUUUUGAGAAGAAAAAAAAAAGUGUUCAAUGUAUAAAACAGAAAAAUAGCUGUUAAAAACCUGCGCUAUCUGACCAGUGUGCGCCAUGUCCAUGUUGUUAUUCCAAACAGAGAGGCCACAGCUUCCUGGUGUCACAGCUCCAUUCCCUAACUGGUCCGGUUAGCCGCACUGUUUUGUCCACCACACGUCAUUUAAAAAGCACAAGAGGUUCUGGCAAAUGCCAAAUGAACGAUCGGGUUUUACGAAGGAAAGAGAACAGAUACGGUUAGAUUGGCCUGUCCGUCCUUGACGAAAACGUUUUUAAAAGGUUUUUUUGCUUGACAUUUUGAAGAGGUUUUUUGGGAAUAAUCGGCUUCCACUUUGUCUACAAUUGUGAUACAUACAUAUUUUUGUCAGAAAAAAAGGUAUACCUGCUCUACAGUCCUAAGAGUAAAGUGGUGGAAAAACUGAAAAACACAAUAGCAUACCUGUACUUCCACAUAUUGUUACCGUCCUCCUGUGCAGAGGAGUGCUUUUAAUGGAAAGCUACAAAAUGAGAGAUCUGGGUUCCUGUAUAGUUCCUGCUGCGUUUAUUGCUUCCUGCUGUGACUCCUUCCAUGCCGUCUGUUCUGCGUGAGCCUCGGCGUCGCACGUGUCAGCAAUUCUGCAACGAUGCAUCUCUCCGCCUGUUAAAUGAUGUGCUGUUAAAGUAGUCUACAAAGUGCAUGUGUGCCAAGCCCAAGUCUAGUGCUGUUCCAAGUGGUAACAAGAAAAGAUAGUGUGGUUUUUAUCAGUUGCUUUUUUUCGUGGCUUUUUUUGUUUUUGUUUGUACGUUUUGGUUUCAUUUUCCAUCAGAUUUAGUAUUAGUAUUUAACACUAACAUUGAAGGGAUAAUGCCGAUGUCAGCAAUACAUUUACCGAGUGUUUGCUGGAUAUACUGUGUUAUGUUUGUUUGUUAUCGCUUUCUUUUUGUUGCUGCGUAAUUUAACUAUCCAUAAAUCUUUUGGGAAAUUGCUCAACAUCACCAAAGUCGGAAGGAUGAGGAUGGAGAGGUUUGUGUUUGCUUGACCCUCUGUGAGACUGCGAGUGCGUGCAUGAGUGGGUGUGAGAUUGUGCGCGUGUGUGUCCAUCAGUGUGAUGGGAAGAAAUAUUGAUUUCAAAGAUAUAGGGGAGGACGAAUACAGUUUAUCCAUCACUGCUGUUCAAGAAGUGGUUUUUAAAGCAGUAUUGGCCGCAGACCUUUUGCCACUUUUGUUUUCAAUUUCACUUUUUGAGAAGAGCGCUGUUCAGUAUGCAAAUGUAUUAUUUUUAAAAGAAGAUGCUAUUGUACUGUAAAUAUCAUUGUGAAUAUUUUUGUAUCAUCUCGAUGAUGUUCGUCCUUGAUCAUUAGUCGUCCGACCUAACAACACACGCUCCCAGGCUCCCAUCUAACCACUGACUUUGUUUGUAACCAGCAUACGACAGCUGUCUCGCCUCCUCGUUGUGGGGGGGCGAGUCUAAAUGUCUCAUAAGCUAUUUCCCCCAGGUUGCCGUGCUUUCUAGUCACUUUCCUCCCAGUGCACUCACCUGUCUCACACCUGUCGUUUGUAGACGGUGUCCCAUUUAUAUGUGCCGCCCCCCACCCCUCCUUCCCCCAAACCCUCCAUCCCAACAUCAGCUCACAGUGGUUGUGUAGCCUCAUUUCAGUUUUCUUUUCUUUUACGCCGCCGUAUUUUAUCAAAAGUGUUGUCUGUUCAUCAAUUUAUGUUAACAUUUUAUCAGUGAUUCUGAACAGUAAUAGUUUAAAAAAGAUGUGGUGUCGACUGGCUUUCAGUGUAAUUAGUGAGCUAUGUGAAUAUCAUAAUUGUUGCUAAUUGUCAAUACACAGUGGUAUCACAACAAUAUUUUAAAGAAAUCCAUAAUAUUGUUUAUAUUUUUGUUAUAGAAAAUUUGGCUUUUUUAAAAGCAUGAAACCGUAUACAUUUUUAUCCCCUUUUUUGUUUUUGGUAAAUUAUUUUGUACUGGUUUUUCUUAUUAAUCUGUAAGGCUAGAAAUCCAAUUUCUUUCAACUGUAGCAUUGUGCUGAUUUAACCACCCUCGUUUUAUGUAAACAUUAUUUUAAGUGUCAUUUAAGAAAUAUAUUUUUUCCAGUUCAGCACACUGACAUGUUGUUGCAUAUUUAUGUCACAAAGAGACAUUAAAUUAAAAUAUCCACGUUUUACUAUUUUACUAUCAGAAUUGAAACUUUCAAUCAAUCCGAUGGACGUCAUCACUAUUUCACAUUUUGUCUUUACUUUCAAGCGAGCAAAUUUCAUAUAAGGCAGCACCUCAAAUGUGUUGUGGCACAAUCACAAUAAAUGGUCAUUUCUCUGGGGGAAGUUGUUUUCAAAAAAGGAAAAUUUGAAAUGACAAAAAGAUAACAGUGGCCUGGAAAAGAUGUUGAGGGCAAGGCCAGAUCAAACGUCCCAAGGAUGCCUGUAUAUAUGUAAAUGAAUAUAGAGACAUGUGAACAGAAAUGUAUUCAUUUUCCCUGGGAAUGUGCAUUGUUUUUUUCCGAAUAAUAAAAAGCUUGCAACCCCUCUACUGGAAGUGGCUGAAUAUGGAAAAUUAAACUUGUUAGUUAGUGUCUGUGGGUAUCUCUCAGCAUUUUGUUCUCAUGUAACAUACUUUCAGCUCUUUAUAGUAGGAGAACUGGGACAGCUAUGUUUUACAUGUAAUAUUUAGCCUGUGUUCUAGUCUGUCACCUGCACACUCGAGGGGCUGAACUAAAAAAGGAAGAGGAAAAAAAAAGGUUACAUAGAAAAUUGUUCGGAGGGGUGAGAGCAAGGUGGUGGGUUGGACGGGUCCAGAAGAUUGUAACCAAAUCCAUAGUUUGUACAAUUUUUUGAUAUCAUGAGAAGUUUGAAAAAUCCUACAAUCUAAGGUGAUUCAUGCAAUGUGGCCAUUGUCUCUAUUGUGUACAUUGUAUGUACAAUCAUUUCAUAUUCUAAACUGGUCAGAAAAUAAAAGGAACUAAUUGUGAUUUUUAGUCUUGCAGAACUUGUAUGUAGUUAGAUGAUGUGACAACCUAAUAUUUAUCUAAUAAAUAUGUAUUCAGAUGAUACUUGUA